AUGGAAGCAUCACCCCAAACUGGUUCUUCAGUACAAAAAAUGUCAGGUUCUUGCUUCUCUGUUGCUGCUACAGCAUCUACUUCUUCACUGUAUCGCUCGGAAGAGAAACCCCAGGAGUUACGUCUUAUUCCCGAGGAGUUGUUUGAUCUCUUCACUCAAAAGCCUAAAUUCUCAGUAGAUCAUCUUUCCUUAAGUACUUAUAAUACUCACUUCAACUUCAAGAUAAACUCAACAAAACUCAAAGCCCAUUUCCCCAUUUCUUCUCUUUAUCGCUCUUCAAUCUUUUUGAGCACUUGUGCUUCUGUGUCUGAUGGAGUUGAGGUUGUCCAAGAUGAUGACGAAGAAGAAGUUGCACUGUCAGCCGAAGAAGAAGAGGAAAUUGAAGAAAAAGAAGAAGGUGUUGAGUUAGAAUCAGUUGAAGGUGGUAGAUUGUACGUAGGUAAAAUGAGGAAGAAGAAGUGCGGGUAA